CGACUAACAAGUUACAAGUAUCAUCAUGGCCUUCUAUGUUCCUAAUCCAUAUGUACAUGCUGAUUAUGUUCAGUGGGAAAGGAAGAGAACCAGUAGCUUGGAGUUUAACAGCACUCUUCAUCACCUCUCUACUUUGAGCAUAGCUCGUAAAACCUCCUCUCAACAAGCUCAGCAACUUAUGGGCAACAGUCAGCAGCCUGCAGCAUUACAGCAAAAUGUUGCAGGAGCAGAUACUCACCACCACCACCACCAUCAUCAUCACCAUACAGUGCUAGGAUCAAAUAGACUAGUACACAGACCGACUCCAGUGGCUGAAUCACCUACACAACAACUAUUCAAAGCAAUGAUUGUUCGCAAGAAAGAAACCUUAGAGAAAUAUCGUUCUCAUUUAGCUCAACUCCAAGAGAAGAACCUCCAGCUUGUAAUGGCAAUACAAUCUACUGAUGAGACUACGCACGAGAAAGUUAGUCAUUCGCUGGAUAAGUAUCACAAGUUCAAGGGAGUAAUCAGUAAAGUGAAGCAAAAAGGAGCAACAGAAUUGAAGGAUUCCAUAGAAGAUCUAGAGAGUCUGAAAUCAGAAAUGGAGUCAACACUAGCAAAAAUGAGAUUGGAGUUACAUGAAGAAGAGGUCAUGCUAACAAAGUCUAGCAAACAGCUCCAUACUCUAUUAAAUUACAAAGAGAAAGAUUACCCUCUGAAACAAGUCAAGAUAGAGCAGCUACAGAUGAAUUUAGAUUAUUUGGAUGAGAUGCAUGAGAGAGAAGAGCUGGAGCUUGAGGAAAGCCUGCAAGAAGAAAGAAACAAGUUUGAGAGGAAAAUGGAUGAAAUACGCCGCCAACUGGAAACAAAAGCUAGUGAAAAUUGGUUGGCACAAAUGAAGAGAAGCGUCUUUGCUAGAGCAAUUCACAAUAAAGUCAUGGAAAAGGAGUUGGAGCUACAGAGAAAGAACGAGCAAGAGCUACUCAAUGACAUUAAUAAACUUAAAUCAGCCAUUCAGAAAAUGAUGUGUGAAGCAGGAAAGAAUUCAAUUUUAAUAUCUCCACUAAUGAAAUUAGGAAAAUGCACAUCACAAACUGAAAUUCAAUUGGAGAUACCUACAAAUCAAGAAUUACCAGUUUGACUUUCUUUUCCAUUACACCAUAAUUGACAAAAAAAAUUAAAAAUAAUGAAAA